AUGGGUCGACUUUUUAAACUGCAGGAAAACUGCCUGCGAGCGAUGGGACACAGUCCCCCCGGCACUGAUAGUACCGAAAAGGGGUCUCUGAGCUUGAAUCACGUUAUCUCACUGUUAUUCGUUGUAUCGGCGCAGUAUCCUCUUAUCUCCUAUAUCUUCUAUAAGCGAAAUGACAUGGAGGAAAUCACAGCCUGUCUGAGUGUCGUGUUCACCAACCUGCUAACAGUCAUCAAGAUUACAACCUUUCUUGUGUUUAAGCAGAACUUUUGGGAAAUGAUUCACCGCUUCAGACAAAUGCAUCGGCAAUCGGGACAGAGAGCAGGCGGAGGAGAUGGAUACAGCUAUGUGGAGGAUGCCAACAAGCAGGCUUCCCUACUGGGAAGAGCGUAUUGCAUCUCCUGCGGUCUAACGGGAGUAUAUUUUAUGCUGGGACCCAUAGUACAAAUUAUCACUAGCAACUGGCGAGGCACAAUAUAUGUCAGGGAACUACCAAUGCCCAUGAAGUUCCCCUUCAACGACGUGGACAGUCCCGGCUACGAAUUUGGGUUUCUCUAUACCGUACUCGUUACUGUCGUCGUUGUGGCCUACGCAUCGGCUGUCGACGGUCUGUUCAUUUCGUUUGCCAUUAAUCUGCGAGGACAUUUUCAAACCUUGCAGCAGGAAAUCGAGCACUUCGACUUGGCGUUAUCCGAAAGGGAGACUAACGCUGGUCUGAAAUCAAUGGUGGAUUAUCACGAGGAACUGCUCUCCCUGUCCAGGAAAUUACGCUCGAUCUACAUGCCCACAGUAUUCGGACAGUUUGUCAUAACAUCCUUGCAAGUGGGAGUGAUAAUCUAUCAACUCGUGACGCAUAUGGACUCAGUUAUGGAUCUGUUAUUGUACGUCACCUUUUUCGCUUCUAUCAUGUUGCAAUUAUUUAUUUAUUGUUACGGUGGUGAAAUCAUUAAAGUUGAGAGUCUGCAGGUUGAUGUCGCUGUCAGGGUCUCAAACUGGUAUUUAGCUUCUCCGAACUUACGAAGAUCUUUAUCCAUGAUCAUAAUGCGGUCCCAGCGGGAAGUACUAAUUAGAGCCGGAUUCUAUGAUGCGAACUUGGCAAAUUUUGUUGCUAUUUGCAGGACUGCUUUAUCGUUGAUAACGCUUAUAAAAUCUAUGGAGUAAGGCUAGAUGAUAGCGCUAGGAUGCGUGCCCUUUUUCUUUGGGUGCACGAU